AUGAGGAUUCAUUUAUCCUUGUCCGCUGUCUUGGCUGUGCUGGUUGUGGGGCUUCACGCGGCAGCCUCGGAUGAGGCCUUUCCUUCUUGCGCGAUUAAAUGUGACAGGCAAUUAUUUUCUGACUGCUCGUUGAGCAGCAAUACAACAUGCUUCUGCGAUAGCGGAGCACGUCCAACGACCUUGUUAGAUUGUGUUUCAAGUAAUUGCACAACAAUGGAGUUCUUUACCACAAAACGGCUGUACGAAAUAACGUGCGAUAUCGCGCCGCUCAAAAGCCCCCCUGUGGUCAAUCCCUCAACCCUGAUUCCUCUGAUUCUAGCCUCCUUUUUCUUUAUCGCGAGAAUCUUUGCGAAAAGCAGCGGACUUGCAGGAGGGUGGGGAUGGGAUGACUAUACAAUUAUCGUUUCAUACAUCUUAGGAGUGGCGAUCUAUGUCCUCAACAUUCUCAUGAUUCGGAGCGGGUUUGGUAGAAAUAUUUGGGAUAUUGUCCCCUUUUCCACGGUCACCAGGUUCUACAAACUUUUCCAAGCGCUUGCUGUUAUGUACAAGAUUCAAAUUUCGCUCGCCAAGAUUUCAGUAUGCCUGUUUUUACUCCGAAUUUUCCAGGCUCGUACCUUCCGCUACCUUGCCUAUGUGCUCAUUGGCAUCAACGCCGCUAUCGGUAUCACCUGGGCCUUCGUGGACUCCUUCCGCUGCCUACCGACCCGACUGACAUGGCUCGGCUGGAAAAAUGAGGAAUCCGGGCAGUGCAUCAACUUCAUCAACUCGAUUCUCGUCAACUGCUUGGUCAACAUCUUUGUCGAUUCCAUCCUGAUCAUGAUGCCUGUCUACGAGGUUAUCAAGUUGCAGUUGCCUCUGCGGAAGAAGUUCACUGUGGCACUGAUGUUCAUUGUGGGCUCUGUUUUGACCAUCAUCGCUAUCAUCCGAGUCGUCGUUUUCUGGAACAAUCGUUGGGGUUACAACCAAACCCUCGGUCUUUACCCACUCAUCCACUGGUCCGUCAUCGAAACCCAGAUUUCCGUCAUGUGCGCUUGUCUACCAGCGUUCAGGGCCAUCAUCGGCCGAUGGCUCCCUGGUCUUUUGGGCGGCACGACGCGCCGAACGUACGCGACUCCUGCAGCCGAGUACUAUCACAAGUCAGGCGGCAACAGCAAUAUCAAUAAAUCUGUGACGUACGAAGUCAAUUAUACGUCCCGAUCGGAGACAAACAGUGACGUGGAGCUGGUGGAUAUGAAUGGCAAACUCGUUCAUUGA